AUGGCGUCUCGGAGCAUCUUGUCAAGGAUUUGGAGGGUCUCCAAGCCAUCUCGCCAGCAGAUAAGACGACUGACCUUAGGUGGUCACCAGGCGCACGAGAUUCUGAAAGAGUUUGGAAUCCCAGUAUCAAGUGGAAAGGUCGCCCGAACACCGGCUGAGGCUAGAGCAAUUGCAGAAGGCUUCAACGGAAGUCGCAUUACCAAGCCGCAGACUUUGAAGAGCAGCAAAUGUUCAACUACCGACAAAGAGGACUCUGAAGGCAGUAUUGGAAGAAAAGAUGCUGCCAACACAGCCGAAGACAUCGCCAAGAAUCUACUUGGGCACCAAUUGAAGGCAGGCAGAAGGUCUAGAUCCUACGACACAGACAACAACUUCUUCACCACAGAGUCGAUCGAGAACGAAGGUAAAUGGUAUCUGGCCAUCACGUUUGAUCGCGAAAACUACUGCCCGUCGAUCGUUGCUUCGAAGCGAGGGGGGUUCGACAUCGAAACCACGGCGGAGCAACACCCGAAGCAUUUGGACACUUUCAAGCUUGGCUACACCGAAGGAAUUACACCAGACGUCGUUCAGAGUGUCUCACGAUGCCUGGGCGCAUCUGAAGAGGAGAGAAAGAAUCUACACAACCUACUGAGUCGGCUGUACGAGUUCUUCACGACCAGAGAUGCCACCCUGGUCGAAAUCAACUCACUCGAAAAGUCGUCCGACGGGACGCUCACCUGUCGGGGCGCCAGGCUCAUGAUCGACGACGCUGCCAGCAAGCGGCAGAAGGCCAUCUUUUCGAUGCGCGAUACGGAGCACGAGGUGCCCGACGAGGUGGAAGCGGAGAAGUACGGACUGGUGUACGUCCGGAUGGACGGCGACAUCGGCAACGUGGUAAACGGCGCCGGGCUCGCGAUGGCGACCAACGACGCCAUCGCGCUCCACGGCGGCGCCAGCGCGAACUUCCUCGACGCGGGCGGACAGGCGACGAAGGAGACCAUGGUGAAGGCGUUUGAGAUCAUCCUGCGGGACGAGAGGGUGAAGGCGAUCCUUGUCAACAUAUACGGCGGGAUCACCAGAGGCGACAUGAUAGCGGAGUCCAUCCUCGGGGCGGCGAAGCAGCUGGGCCCGCUGAGGGUGCCCAUGGUGGUCCGGCUCCAAGGCACCAAUUCCGAACUGGGACUGAGAAUUCUGGAAAAGGCCAACCUGGGGCUGCAUACGGAAGCCGACUUUGGGAAAGCGGCGGAGAGGGCGGUGGAACUGGCCAAACAGCGCCAGUAA